GAACAUGGUUGAGAAAGGGGAAACAACGACUCGCGUGGUCAAAACACACUUGACAGUAUGUGAAAUAAUCUUUUGACUGUCAUGUCAACAAGAUAACUGACUCAACAUGGCAGACUCCGUGAGAGAUCGAAUGUUAAUGCCGCCUCCGUUAUCCCCUGGAUCGUCCAAUAGACAUGAGCCAUCGAGUACUAUACACACAAAUAUUAUUAUGUCUGAUGCUACAAGUGUCGUAACAUCACGCGCGUCAUCGCUUAAGUCUAGUGCAUUUUCAGAGUACCAAGUUAUGGGUCAGACAGAUAGACGGAGAUGAGUGCUGGGCAUGCGGCACUGAACCACCUCACAUUUGCCACAUUGUCGCGCAGGAAGAUUGACAGGUCAUGGGUGCUCUACCCCAGGGUGCUC